AUGGGUAGCUGCUAUCCAAAUUUCAAUCUUGUUUACUGUUUUCUCUUUCUGUUUACGGUCACUUCCUACAUGCGGAUGGGUGACGGACUUCCAAGCGGUGUGGACUCAUGCAUUGAGGAAGAGAGACGAGCACUACUCAGCUUCAAACAAAAUGUUACUGAUCCUUCGGGAAGGCUUUCUUCUUGGGUAGGACGCGACUGCUGUCAAUGGAAAGGAAUUUUGUGCAACAACCGCACGGGUCAUGUUGCAAAGGUGGACCUUCGGAAUACUUAUCCAUCUCCAGUAUGGUCUGAUCCCGAAGAUCGCUACGACAAGUUGGCUUAUGAACGCUCUUUAUUGUCGGGUAAGAUAAAUCCUUCCUUGCUUAGCUUGAAGCAUUUAAAUUACCUAGAUUUGAGCGGGAACAGUUUCGAACUCCCUAAAUUCAAUGGUCUGCUUGAAAAUUUGAGGUAUCUUAACCUCUCCUCUGCAUUAUCAUCUGAGGGAGCUGAGAUUCCAGAGUUUGUUGGAAACUUGUCGUCUUUGGAAACACUCGAUCUUUCGAAUAAUUAUUUCGAAGGGAAUCCAAUUCCUAAGUCUUUGGGCCAGCUUAAGAGUUUGAAUUAUCUUGAUAUCUCCUUCUCAGGUUUUCGGGGAGAAAUUCCCCCUAACCUUGGAAACCUGUCAAACCUGAACCAUCUUGACCUCGGGUGGAAUUACUUGAAAAUAUCUUCCGAAAGCUUGAAUUGGCUUCCUCGCCUCUCUUCCUUAACAUACCUCAAUCUCGACUUUCUCAAUCUUUACAGCGCGGGAGCAAGUUGGCUAUCUGCUGUUAACAUGCUUCCUUCGCUGUUAGAGUUGCAUUUGUUUCUUUGCAGAAUUGAAGGGAUUCCACUCUCAAUCCAAAGGGUAAAUAUGACUUCACUUUUGGUACUUGAUAUGUCAAUGAAUUCUAUCUUUUCUCCACUACCUAGCUGGUUUUCUAAUCUUACUAGUCUUCGAAAACUCAAUCUGAGUGGACAAGAUUUCACUGGUCCGAUUCCUCGUGAGUUUGCAAGGCUCGAAUAUCUGGAAGGCCUUGAUUUUUCUAGUAAUGUACUCGAAGGUCAUAUUCCCAAACUAAACUUUUGCAAGCUAAAGACAUUAAACUUUCAAGGAAACGAAUUUGAUGGGGGAAUUCAAGGGCUUUUGAGUGGUUUCUCAAACUGUACAGAGAGUGUAUUGGAAUCGCUGGAUUUGUCCUCUAAUAAGCUGGAAGAUGAGUUGCCUGACUCCCUUGGGAUGCUACACAACUUGCAAUAUGUCAACCUCGAGUUCAACAAUUUUUCAGGCGAAAUCCCAGAAUCUAUUGGAAAGUUGUCAUCCUUGAAAACUCUAAACCUCGAGUUCAACAAUUUUUGGGGUAAAAUCCCGGAAUCUAUUGGAAAGUUGUCAUCCUUGAAAACUCUAAACCUCAGUUACAACAAUAUGAUUGGACCGAUUCCCGAUACUUUGGGACAAUUGUUCGAGCUAGUUCACCUAGAUUUGUACGGGAAUUCAUGGGAUGGCAUUUUAACAGAAUCUCAUUUCACAAAUCUCACAAGAUUACGAUCUAUUGAUGUGUCUACAUAUCGACCUAUGUCGCUCAUUGUCAAACUGAGUCAUGAGUGGAUUCCUCCUUUCAAGCUCUACACAGUUGGCAUUACAAAUUGCAGUGUUGGUCCUAAGUUUCCUGCAUGGCUUCAGUUGCAAACUGAACUUUCCGAUGUCACCCUUCGUAGUACUGGAAUCUGGGGUACCAUACCAGAAGAGUGGUUGUUGAAGGUAUCAUUGCAGCUCAAAUAUUUGGAUUUAUCAUACAAUCAUAUCAGAGGAAGGCUUCCACUCCAACUGAAAUGUCCAACUCUAUAUCAUAUAGAUUUGAGCUAUAAUCGAUUCGAUGGUCCACUCCCACUUCUGUCCGCCAAUCUUACCAUCUUUAAUCUUGAAAGCAAUUCAUUUUCAGGGCCAAUUCCUUCGAACAUUGACCAAUUGAUGCCGACAUUGCAAGGAUUGUAUCUUUCUGACAAUCAGUUGGAAGGCACAAUUCCACCAUCCAUUUGCAACUUGCAAAGCUUGUCAAUCCUUUCUCUGAGAAAUAAUCAUUUAUUCGGAGAAUUUCCCCAAGAAUGGAGUGUGUGGCCCGUAAUAGAUAUUGUCGACGUUGGAUACAACAAUCUCUCAGGUAAUAUGCCAAGUUCGAUGGGUGUCCCAAGCUCACUUUAUGUAUUAAAGAUGAAUGAUAACAAUCUUGGGGGCACAAUUCCUUCUUCUAUAUGGCGAAACUGCACUUCUUUGAGGAGUAUCGAUCUUGGAGGGAACAAAUUUACAGGAAAUAUGACUUUAUGGAUAGGAUCAAAUGCACCCGACUUGUUUUUCAUACGAUUGCGAUCCAACUUAUUAAGCGGACAUAUCUCCGACCAGUUGUGCAAUCUUCAAUUUCUUGACAUCCUAGACCUUAGUCACAACAACUUCUCAGGGUCCAUUCCCAAGUGUUUGAAGAAUAUGACGUCUUUGGUGGAAGGUUUUUCCAAUGCCACUGACUAUGAAAGCUAUAUUGAGCAAGCCACAUUGACGUUGAAGGGAAGGGAACUCGUAUAUAGCAAAACUCUGUUCUUGGUGAAAAGCAUCGACCUUUCAUCGAAUAAUUUAGAAGGUGAAAUCCCUGAAGAAAUAACAAGCCUCAUUGCUUUAAGUACCUUAAACUUGUCAAGAAAUCAACUGAGGGGAAACAUUCCUUUCAAGAUCGGAAACUUGCGUUGGCUGGAAACUCUUGAUCUCUCACAAAAUCACCUUUCAGGACAGAUUCCUCAAAGUUUGUCUUCUUUAACCUCCUUAUCUCACUUGAACUUGUCUUAUAACAACUUGGCUGGAAGGAUUCCUUCUGGGAACCAACUCCAGACGCUCGAAGAUCCCUCCAUUUACAAGGGCAACAUUUUACUGUGUGGAGUUCCUCUUUCAACUAAGUGCCCAGGAGAUGAGACUUUUACUGCUACAGAUGCGAAAGACAGCGAUGAAGAUGGAAAUAAUAAGUUGUGGUUCUAUGUCAGCAUGGUACUGGGUUUCACCGUGGGCUUUUGGGGUGUUUGUGGUACAUUGCUUGUGAAGAAGUCAUGGAGAUAUGCUUAUUUUCGAUUGUUCGAUGACAUCAAAGAUAAGGUAAUGCUAGCAAUUGCAGUCAAAGUGGCUCGUUUUCAAAGGAAACUUUGA